UUUACGUGGAAAAAAUUAAACAAUUGUUUUAUUAUUUACCCGUAAUUAAAUUCCUAAUCCUAUUCCUAUGAAUUUCAUUCUAGAAAUAAGUAGUUUGGCAAAUUUUUAGGUGCACUUCUGAAAAGAAUUUCUUAAGGCUGAUAUUACCACAAGUACGAGGAAACUUGCUGACUUUUCAUUUUCAACCAAACAAACAACCCAAUGUUUGCAAACAAUCAUUGAAAAUGUAAAUAAACAAAUAACAAAAUUGUAAAUGAACAAAAUGAGCAAGCCAGUGUUUGCAAACAAAUCCAAGAUGAAAAAUUGGCGAGCCAGCAAAAUUCUGGUCGCUCGAAGUUUUCGGAAAUUUCGUAAAUAAAUAAACCAAUGUUUAUAAACGAAGCUUGAAAGCGUAAAUAAAAAAAUUCAUAUUUAUAAGCGAAGCAGGAAAUAAUCAAAUAAUUUCUUGAAAACUCAAAAUCAAUGUAAGAAGCGAUUCUGCAGUUUGCAAUUGAAACACCGUAUGUUUCAUUACAAAUUGUUAUUUCUUAGCAACGGAAACAAAAUCCUUUCACAAAAUGUGUCGUUCAUUCAGUUGAAUUCGGACGUUCAUCCUGUGAAGAUUCGUCUCGCCUAUCUUUUCUUCCACCGAUUACCGAUAAUUCGCCAUAAUGGUAAUUAUUUCUUUAAUUUUGUCAUCUACGUAUAAGAAAAUAUUCCAAUAAUUACCUGUAAGAAUAUAUAACAUUUUAAGGUCCCCAAACUUAUACAAAAAGAUUUACAUUUAGUAGAAAGCAAACUCUAAAUUAUUUAAUCUGCUCAUUAUUAAUUUAUGUUAAUAAUUUAUAUCAUAUAUAAUAACAGCGCGUGCGUUAUUAAAUAUUAAUAAUUAAUUUACAUAUAUUAAUAAUAUAAUUAUAAAAUUGGUACGAAAGAAAAAUAAUUUUUAAAGAAUAAAUUUAUCUAAUUUUUCAGCGUGAAGUACUGUCGGUCCACAUUGGUCAAGGCGGCGUCCAAAUGGGCAAUGCUUGCUGGGAAUUAUAUUGUCUGGAACAUGGCAUACAACCUGACGGCAUGCUUCCGCCUCAGAGCUGUUCUAGCGAUGAGGGUUUUCAAACUUUCUUCAGCGAGACCGGCGGUGGAAAAUACGUCCCGCGAGCUGUAUUUCUGGACCUUGAGCCUACAGUCAUUGACGAAGUUCGGACAGGAACCUACCAUCAGCUAUUUCAUCCCGAACAGCUAAUUUCCGGUAAAGAGGAUGCAGCGAACAAUUACGCUCGAGGACACUAUACUCUGGGAAAGGAAAUAAUCGAUCUGGUUCUGGACAGAAUUCGCAAGAUCGCCGAUAUGUGCACCGGUCUCCAAGGAUUCCUAAUUUUCCACGCAUUCGGUGGUGGUACCGGUUCAGGAUUCACCAGCCUUCUAAUGGAGCGCCUCUCCAUGGACUAUGGCAAGAAAGCUAAACUCGAGUUCGCCAUUUACCCCUCUCCACAAAUUUCCACCGCGGUGGUAGAACCUUACAACGCCAUCUUAACUACGCACACGACACUAGAACACUCGGACUGCGCGUUCCUUGUCGAUAACGAGGCGAUCUACGAUAUCUGCAGGCGAAACUUAGAUAUAGAAAGACCAACCUAUACGAAUUUGAAUAGAUUAAUUGGACAAAUAGUGUCUUCUAUCACGGCUUCUUUGAGGUUCGAUGGAGCUCUGAACGUGGAUCUAAUGGAGUUCCAAACGAAUUUGGUCCCGUAUCCCAGGAUUCACUUUCCUUUGGCUACAUAUGCGCCAAUUGUUUCGAUUGAAAAAGCUUAUCAUGAGCAAUUGACGGUGAUGGAGUUAACGUCGUCUUGUUUCGAGCCUGCAAUGCAAAUGGUCAAAUGCAAUCCACAGAGAGGAAAAUAUAUGGCGUGCUGCUUAUUAUAUAGAGGUGAUGUGGUCCCGAAAGAUGUGAACGCGUCUAUUGCGACUAUUAAGACGAAGAGGGCGAUACAGUUCGUCGAUUGGUGCCCCACUGGUUUUAAGGUAGGAAUUAAUUACCAACCACCAACAGUAGUUCCUGGAGGAGAUCUCGCCAAAGUACAACGAGCGAUGGCAUUGCUUGCAAACACUACUGCAAUCGCUGAGGCAUGGACCAGACUAAAUAGAAAAUUUGAUCUCAUGUUCGGCAAACGUGCAUUUGUUCAUUGGUACGUGGCAGAGAGUAUGGACGAAAGUGAAUUUAACGAAGCCAGAGAAGAUCUGGCCGCUUUAGAAAAAGAUUACGAAGAAGUUGGCAUGGACUCGACGGACGCUGGCGAAGGUGAAGAUGAAAACUAAAUAGACGACAUGUUCCUGUCAGAAAACCAUCUUUUUACACAGGAAUAUUUUAGGAGAACGACCAAUUCCCACAACUAUUUUGUAUAAACUGUACACUGUUUUCGUUGAUUUUGUUUGUACUUGUCAUUGUUUUAAUAGAUAGCAUUAUUUUUAAUGUACAUAUACACAUUUGUAAACUUUUAUAUUGUAAAUAAAGGUUUAUUUUUUUCUAAAUUCUUCUAUCUUCGUUUAAUACUAAACUUUACAAGAUAUAAUAGAAUAAUAUUUGAUAAAAUCUCUUUCAACAUUUUUUUUAUCUAUUCCACAUAAAUCAACUUCUUUGGACUAUUACGUUUCAUUAAUAAUUUACUAUCAAUAAAAUUGUUCAACUAAUUGGUCUAACUUGGCUAAACUGUCUGCUCUUGAAAUAAUUCAGGUAUUCUUAUAAAGAAGAGGAUGAUACAACUGGAGGAAGACACAAAGAUUCAUAGAUAUUACAGGCUUUUUAUUGUGUAGGACAGCACGCGGCUACACGAAUUAUAUUACAUAUGUAUAAAUUCGUAAUCGACAGCUUUACAGUUACAGAGAACUUUUAUCGCACAUAGAAUCAUCUUUCAAUCUCGAGGGGAGGGACAAGGGUGACAUCUUUUCUUCUAUUUUUUUCCAUUUUCUUUCUUUCCAAACCACGACGUAACGGACAGUACACUCGGUGUAAUAACAUGAUAUGAAAACGCGCUUCGAAACGUUUCCAUUGCAGGCAACGCACGCUUCGAAAUUGCUUUUCUUCUUUCUCUUUUUUUUUUUUUUUCUUUUGUGCGCAUUCUCGCCGAGUGGUACAAGACAAACUCAAUAAUAAUAUAAUCAAUAAUAAUAAACCUAAUAGUAAUAUCGAUAAUAGAAAUAAUAAUAAAAAAAUAAUGAUAAAAUAUAAAAGAAGAUCUAGACGAGUGUCCUCGCGUGACAAUCGAGAAAAGGAAAUCCCAGCUUGCUGGUCGAGUACGUCUAUUAUAUAAAAAGAAAAAAAAAAGAAAAAGAUGCGUUUGCGAUGAAAAAACGGCGAAGGAUGAUGAAUGUAGGGGAACGUGAGAAGAACCACAACGACGAUGAUGAAAAAUAAAAAACAUCGAUCGAUCGGUACACCGACAUACAAUGAUAAUAUAUCACGACGACAAUGACCCGGUGGCAUCAACGAGAGCGUCUGUUCAUUCGAUUCUUAGGAUAAUAAUCAAUAUAUAAUAUUUAUCUAGAAUAUCCUUCAUCGACAAAGAAAAAGAUACCAUCGAUCGUUUUUGUUCGUAGGUUCACACGUUCAAUGGCGGAACUUUAUUCUUUCUUAUUUUCUUCUUCUAGAUUUUCUGGUAAAACACGAAACAGGAAGAGCAAAUAUUGAACGACGUUUCGCCUGUGACACCUUUCAUCGAAGUCAAACGCGAUCACGACUAUUAUGAUUCUAUCGUAAAUAGAGUAUCCUAAUAAAAAGAUUCUCGUUGCGCGUGUCACGUGACUUGGUAUGCUUCUGCUCGACACGCGCCAUAUAUUAGCAAAUUCUUUCUUUUAAAACUUUGUAUUUUAUAAAAUUUCUGUUCAUUUUCUCUCAUUCACAUACAAAUACACCUACGCGAUCCUUUCAUACUUUUUUAUCUCUCUUUCUCUCUCUCUCUCUCUCUCUCUCUCUCUCUCUGUCUCUCUCUCCUUUUUCUUUUUCUUUCUUUUUCUCUCUCCCUCUCAUACUCUGACCGCUUUUCUUUUCUUUUUCUUUUAGAGACCAUCUUUUUUCUUUUUCUCCUUAAUUCAAAUACAAUUAUCAUCAUCAUUAUCAUCAUCGUUUAUCUCAUCAUUUCUUUUUUGGAUUGGCAGGCAAGUUAAAGCUGCCGCUCGCUGGACUAGAGAUUUCACUACUCUUUAUUGCGCAUCCGUUGUCCGACGACAGUAUUCUUCUUUCGCUCCUUGUGUCUCUUUCUUUCUCAUUGUCGCUUUGCUCUCGCAUCUCCGGGAACGGCUAGGAACCGCAAUCCCAAUUUACGUGAUGUGACCUCUCUCAUCUCUUCCUGACUCUUUACGAUAUCUCUGUCUCAAGCUUUCUUUUCAUCUUUCAUUCUCUCUCUCUCGCUCGCUCUCUCUCUUUCUCUCUCUCUCUCUCUCUCUCCAGCGAAUGUUUCUUUUUUAUUAUUCUUUAUCUCAUUUUAAAUAUAUAUGCUGAUGAGCAUUUCUUCGCCAGGCGAACAAUUUGCCUUCAUCGACAAAUACGUUUGUCAGGGGAAGAGCCGCUCGACGCUAAUCAUUACUUUUCGCCGGAUUUUUCGAUAUCACGCUGUGAAUAAUCGUUGAACGAGCAACCACAAUUCCCUUUUAACUGAACACAUUGAAGACUAAUUCUUGCGAUUUGUGAUACGUUUGUUUUAAACUUGAGCAAUAAAAAUUGGAAAUUAAAAUUAGAUAGCUUAACAAAUAAUGAACUUGGUUCUUUUAAUUUUGUAGAGACUAGACUGGUAAAGUGGCAGUUGUGUUUCUGUAUAUUUCAUAUAAGAAGUAUUUAAGUACCUACAUCUAUAGAACAUAUUACACGAAUGUCCAGUGUCUUGAACGCAACUCAAUAUACAUAAUUGUUUCUUACAUUGAAAUACAUAACCAGUGUUUGAUUAUUGUCAAUACAACUUAGGCAUAAAGUAUAAUACCUCAUGUAGUCUUGCCCAAUUCCAAACAUUAAAUAAUAUCAAAUUUUUCCAAUAAAUAAAUUCCAUCAAAAAUUAAAGCAAUCUCUUAUUUCCUACAAUUCUUAAUUCUCCUAAAAACGGCAAAGAGUUAACAUCUAAUUUCCGUUCAAACGCAUCACAAACACGGUUUAAGCUCGAGUACUAUCAAGAACCAAAUUUCAGGAACCACAAGAUCAAAGACAGGUAUACCGAUAUGAUAAAUAGCGUAAUAAUUGUGUUGCUCGUCACUUUACCCUCACAAACGUUUGAAACGCCAUGAUAAUUGUGAGCUGGGCUCAACGGAGCGAAGGCGUAGAGCAAGGAUUAUUACCGGAAACGAAUCGAACGGAUCGGGAGACGAACUUCUGGCCAGGGCGAUCUCUGUCGAUCGAUAGGAGGAAGCUCAGACGAGCAACGCGAGUCACGCGACGCGAGAUGCCGACUGUCGGUAAAAUGUCUAUAAGGCACGGCCUCGAGGACGC